UCGUCCAUAGAUACAGGAGGAUGAGUGUUAAACAAAAUGGCGGAUCCUCUAGAAAAAUUGACCGUCGUCCGAGAAAAGAAUUUCGUUAAACAAAAUAUUCUUUGCGUGAAACGUUCCUAUCCAGCAGAGCCUAAACGACGAUUCGUCGAUACUCGUUAUGGCGACAUGCAUGACUUAAAAAGUAGCGGCUUAUAUCCUGUUUACAUUCACAAGAAAAAUUAUGGAAGAGUACCAAGAUUCAUCGCAAUCAACGCAAAAAGAAGAAUGGAAACGGAAAUGAUCGUACAGCGUGACGUCCUGAAGGGCGAUGAAAUAUCCAAAUUGUCAGCGUGUCGAUAUAUUGACAAGAAGGAACGGAAGAUGCUGCUGGAUGUAGGGUAUGAAGCAAAAAUGGGAGGAAGCAAUGAAACUAUUCCAAGGAUUGCCAUUCCUUACGGAUACACCACCGAAAGCACAGAGGAAAACGGAGAUGGAGCGCGAAUUGCAACAACUUGAGAAAGAUAUAAAGAUUAUUGAGCAACAUCCACAUAUAUACGUCUAUGAUGAUACGACGCACAAUGAAUAAUGAAUAACACUAACGUUUGUUGUAAGAUCUGCAAGUCAGGUUGAUAUUCAUAGUCGAUCCUUAUAUUUAAGAUCAUCUUAAGAUUACAUUUCAACCAGUAGCUGUAUAAGUUUGUUUAAAACGAUCUUAAGUAUAAGAACGACCUAUGAAUAUCAGGCAUAGUCAUGCUAAAAUAAUUUAAAUUUCGUGUUGAGAUAAUAGUUUGAGAAACUUUAUAAUGUUUUAUGCAUAUAAAAAUUAUUUGUAUGUUAUUAUUUGGUAUUUAUAUAUUAGAAUGUAUAAAUAUUAAACAUGUAUGAAUAGAAAAUGUCUAACUAUAAAAAUUUCUGAUAAUACAGAUUCAUUUUUAUGUCGUUUAAUUUACUAAAAAUUAGAAAUUAGUUAUUCUAAUUUUUAGAACUAAAAAAAUAGUAAAUUAAACCGAUAUUGAAAUUAAUUUACGUAUUGAUAGAAAUAGACAUUGAUCAAUAUAUUAGAAACAUUAUUGAUAUAUGAAAUAUUUAUUACAUUAUGUGUAAAAGUUCUUUGAUC